ACUGUAGUUGAAAACCCACCAUUUUAACGAGCUUUAACUGCGUGUUGACACUUUUAAGGCUAAAGUUUGUUUUUCUAAAUCUUUUUCGUUUGCAGGUGUUGAGAAUGACGUUAUUUCCGAAGUGAUCCGUGUGUUGUGCAGCAGAAAACUGUUUUGAAUCAGUUUUGUUGUGAAAGGUGCCCCAGUGGGGAUAGUUUGUUACCGAUGUGAUGGAGGUGGACGUGCUGGAGUUCCGAGUUCCGGUGGAGAACAACAAAGCCUUGUUUGUGUGGGACAUUUCGCCGGCUCUGACGGAAGCUCAGAUCUAUGAGGGGCUGUUUGCGGUUUUCUCAUCCUUCGGGCCUCUCUACCUGCUGAAGGUGUUUCAUAACGCGCCACUCCACCCACCUGGUUUCUAUUCGCUGGUGAAGUUCUACUCUGCUGCUCACGCCUCCAAGGCUCAGCAUCAGACCAACGGACUCCUGCUGUUCCACAACUCCCCCCUCAAGGUGAAGCAGAGCUCAAAGCAGGCUUCUCACUUCCAGUGUGGCAGAAGCACACCUCUGAGCCACUCCCGCUGCAUGGAACUGGCCAAUCACUGCCUGGGUUACAACGGCUGGACCUCUGACAUCAUCACACUGAAGGAGCUCAGCCAAGACGAAAGUGAGGAUGAGGAGGAUGAAGUGGGAGGAGUCAGACAGAAGAAUCUGAGGUUCGGUUGUUUGAUGCAGCUAAAUUUCUCUCAACAUGGACUGACGACCAGAGGAGCUGCGGUGGUUGAGGACAGCUUUAGCUGCACAGGUCCAGAUGUUGUCCUCCAGAGAAGGUGUCAGCUGCAGAGGUUGGUCAGGGAGAAAGCUCUGGUUCAAGCCUUCUCCACAGUUCUGCUCAUACUACUAGGAAAUGGAAAAGUGAUGGUAGAGCUGAAACAGACCCAAGAUCAGUGUGUAUCUGCUGAAACUGAAGGUGUCCUGCAGGUAAAUGAGUUUUUCUGCUCAGAGCCUCAGGACGAUGAAGAAGCUGACAAUGAAGAGUGGGAUCUGACCGUGUCAUAGACCCCAAGGAUUGUGGGUAAAAUUCUGGAUGUUUUUCAAAGCGCUGGUUUUGAGAGGAGCUGUGGGUCUGAUGCGAGAUCAAAACUCCUGUUGCAGCGGCCUGAACAUCUGGACACUUGCUGCAGUAGUCUGAAAAUGUGGAGUCCUUCUGCUGAUCAGAGUUUUAAUGGAAAGCAUGAAUAACAAACAAAAGAGAAAAUAACUGGAUUUGUGACUGAAGGAAGCACUUUGAGUGAAAUCUCCUUUAAGCUGAAGUGAGUCAUUACCUCCAUGAUGGCCAUAAGGACUUCAUUCUGAGAUGGAAACGUGUUUGUUCUCAGUGAUAGCUCUGAACAUUUGUCCUGUAGGAUCUUACCCAGAAGCAACUCGCACACCAACACCUUCACCAAGCAUUAGAGAUAAUAAAAGUUCUGGUCUGA